AUGGAUGCCAGCAAGCAGCCCGCUAAGCUCGUCAAGGUCACCCGUGUCCUCGGCCGUACCGGCUCCCGUGGUGGUGUCACCCAGGUCCGCGUCGAGUUCAUGGACGAUACCUCUCGCAGCAUCAUCCGUAACGUCAAGGGCCCAGUCAAGGUCGACGACAUCCUCUGCCUGCUCGAGUCCGAACGUGAGGCCCGCCGCCUGCGCUAA